CUCUUAACUGCUUAAAUGCUGAAAUCUUUCUUUGCCCCAAUUUUUGGUUUCAGGACCGCUGCGGGCAAAACACAUCAUGGCGGCUUUCUGGUGGCCAUCAAACAGGAGAAGGGGGAAGCCCCACGGCUUGUGGCAGAGAAGCCCCACAGCGAAGAGGAGCCGGUGAAGAAACGGGGUUGGCCAAAAGGUAAGAAGCGGAAGAAGAUCUUGCCUAACGGACCCAAGGCCCCCGUGACGGGCUACGUCCGCUUCUUGAAUGAGCGGCGGGAGCAGAUUCGAAUGCUGCACCCAGACCUCCCUUUCCCGGAGAUCACCAAGAUGUUGGGAGCGGAGUGGAGCAAACUGCAGCCCACAGAUAAACAGCGCUAUCUGGAUGAGGCCGAGCGAGAGAAGCAGCAGUAUAUGAGAGAGCUGAGAGAGUACCAGCAGUCGGAGGCGUAUAAGAUGUGCGCCGAGAAAAUGCAGGAGAAAAAGAUUAAGAAAGAGGAUGCUGGACCUGGAGGUGUCAACACCUUGCUGAACGGUUAUAAGGCUGGAGAGGGCGGCAGCGGUGAUGGCUUCUCCACUUUCGACAUUCCCAUUUUUUCUGAGGAAUUUUUGGACCAGAACAAAGCCCGGGAAGCAGAGCUGCGUCGCCUGCGCAAGGUGAACACCGAGUUCGAGGAGCAGAACGCCAUCCUGCAGAAGCACACGGAGAGCAUGAGCAGUGCCAAGGAGCGGCUGGAGCAAGAGUUGGCACUGGAGGAGAGGCAGACUAUGGCCCUCCAGCAGCAGCUCCAGACCGUGCGCCAAGCCCUAACCGCCAGCUUUGCCAGCCUUCCCAUCCCAGGUACAGGUGAGACCCCCACUCUCAGCACACUGGAUUUCUACAUGGCCAGACUUCACAGUGCCAUCGAAAGCAACCCUGCGCAACAUGAGAGGUUGGUCAUUCGGGUCAAGGAGAUCCUGUCCCGCAUUGCCAGUGAGCAUUUAUGAACAGGUGCCUUGGCUCUAUUCGGAUACUUCUGGACUUCUGGAAUUUGCUGUUUGCCUCUCGUCACGCAGAUGCCUUCAUCUUCCGGAUUUUCGCCCUGUGCCUCUUCCGGGGAUCUUGCCUUCUAGAUUUUGUAGCCCCAACUUGGUUCUUUCCCAUCUUUUCUCUCCUGAUUUUCUCUCCGAAGUUGCCUGCUAGGACAGUAGAUAGUAGGACAAUGCAAAACCAAUACAAUACAAAGUUAGUCCACUAAUACAUUUGGCCAUCUGUAUAGCCACGGAUUCUGCAUCCAUGCAUUCAAGCAACCACAGUUUUGGGGAAAAAAUAUCCACGCACACAAUUCCAAAAAGCAAACCUGGAUUUUGCCAUUUUAUACGACAGAUGCGGUUGUAUACAGUUAGUCCUUCGUAUCCACAGUUUUUUAAUCCACAGAGUCAAGCAUCCACAGCUUGGAAAUAUUACAAAAAAGUACAAAUUCCCCAAAGCAAACCUUGAUUUUGCCAUUUUAAAUGUGGAUACGGUUAUAUAUAGUCAGCCCCCCCCCCCCCCCCCUAUCCACGGAUUUAAUACCCACAGAUUCAAGCAUCCAUGGCUUGGAAAUACUCAAAAGAGGUAUAAAUUCCAAAAAGCAAACCUUGUUUUUACCAUUUCUAGAUGCUGUUUUACUAUCCCGUUGUAUUUAAUAAGACUUGAGCAGCCAUGGAGUUUGGUAUCUGUGGGGGGUUCCUGGCACCAAACCCCAGCAGAUACCAAGUGCCCGCUGUAUUUCUUUGACAGCCAGUGGUUUGAGCCUUGCACUAGGAUUCAGAGAGACCGGGGUUUGAAUCCCUGUUCAACCAAGGGAUGGGUGAUCUUGAGCAAGUCACACUCUCUCAGCCUCAGAAAAUCCUCAGUGUCGCCAUAAAUCAGAAGUCAUGCACAAAAGCAGAGAACGCAAAUUAGCUCAGCCUUAAAGACAGAAAAAGAGAGAAACCAAUUUAUUUAUUAGCACACUCUUGUUCCUUUUUAAAUAACCUUUUCUAAAAACAAACAAAUCCAGCCUCUUGGGGAUUUAGUAAUGACUUUCAUUCACUUAGACUUUGAAAUCUUUUCGUUUUCUGUGUGAUAUGUUAAGUAAAACACAUGCACGCACGCAUAUAUAUUUUAGUAAUUUGAGAAGUGGUUAUAUUUCUUCGGUAGGUAGAGAAGUCUUUUUUAAAAUAAAGGAAACCAUACAAACCUCUUUGGUUAUUUGGCUUUU